UAUAGAUGAGACUUGGAAAUUUUACUUAAAUUACAAACAUUGAAUAAAAGAAGGCGGAAUGCAGAUAUUAUGACCCUAUAUAGGGUUGUUCAUGGUUCUAUUGAUUGCUCGUAUAUUUUGGCAAAACUUAAUUUUCAUGUGCCUCCUAGAACUUUGCGUGAACACAAAACUUUUGAAGUCAAUCAACAUCGUACUCGUUAUGGCCAAAAUGCGGCAAUGGAUAGAAUGAUGAAACAUUUUAAUGAAUUGCAAAUGGAGUUACAAGUUGACUUGUUUAAUGUAUCCGAAAUGAAACUAAAGAAUUGUCUGAAACAACUGUGAUAUUAUAGGUAGGUUUUUAAACAAAGCAAGGAAAAAACGUAAAGAUGGGAAUCUUAAAUUUGGAAGUUGUAUAGGUCUUUUUUAUAUUUUAUAUUUCAUGUUUUAUAUUUUAUAUUUUAUACUUUAUAUUUUAUAUUUUGUUGGCAGAUGUGAUAGUCCAAUUUAUAGAUGUUUUAUAUGUAGUAUAUUAAAUUGUUUAAUUGUUAGAAUCAGCUUUAAAGCUGUAAAGCUGUAAAGUUGUAAAAUGGUUUGCCGUUAAUAUUUUUUAAAAAAAAAAACACCAAAAUCAACUCAAAUUGAAGAAGAACAAGUUCUCAAAAUCAAAAACUCAAUCCAUAUAUUGAGUACCUACUAUAAGAAUCUAUUGAUAUAUGAUUGUAAACUCACCCUUCUCCUGUGAUUAUGAUGAUGAUGUCCACUCAUUUCACAAAUUCAGUGUCCGAUCGCUUUGUGAGUUUUUAACGAAAUAAUUUGUCGAAAAAAGCGCGCCGUGCCUAACAAAUUUUGAUUUUCCCACUCGACAUAAUGUACGUGUGGGAGAGACUGAUUCUGGCUCGUGCCAGGAAAAAAAACGCUUUUUUAUUCUUGGCCUAUGUAAUUAUUCCAUAUAUUAUAGUUGGAAAUUAUGGAAAAAUUCCUGUAUCAUUAUUGGUUCAAGCACCUACAAAUUUAAAACAAAUUCAAUGUCAAGUGUAUUGUUUCAAAUUGUUUAAAUAUUUUAACAAAAAUAUUUUAAGGUGCAAAAUUAAUAAUGCAACAACCAAGUUGAGUGCAUGUUCAGUUGUCAACUAUUGACAAAAUUUGCAAAUAUUUUUUAUAAGAAACUAUUAUUAUUCAAACUAUGGACAAUUUGAAGACAGAAGAAAAAUCCCCUUUGCUUUUGUACAUCGUGGAAGGUGAAACAAAUUUGUCCAAAAACAAUAAAAGGGAUGAUUUCAAUUCUAAGGGCCGGCUUUAUGGGAUUUCUUCUGGUGCAACUACUGUAUUUACCGAGUUUCCAAAUUACGUCAGCCCAUGUUGGAUGACAGCCCUACUAUCCACUUUAACGUUUUUAAUUAUGCUCCUUGUGUUAGUGGCUUAUAUGGGCCCUCAAGAUAACAUGAGAUUUCCUAGAUGCACUCGCAGUGCUGAUGUGGAAAAUCUGGACAAUACAACGAUUUACUUGGUGCACGAUUUGAACGAUUGGACCCAAAAACAACUACAAAUGGUUGAAAAGAUUAAAAACGAAUACCAGAAUUUCAAUAUUCAUUUGGUUUUAAUAAGACCAUCAUUUGACAAAAAUAUUAAAUCACCCGCCAUUAUUGUCACUAAACCUACAACCGUAACAACUACCUUAACCACUUCAAAACCAUUGAAAAAAAACCGUGCAAAAAGAAGUAAAACAAAUUCCAAAAGGAUUAAACAUGAUCCAAUAUUUGUACCUUUUGGCAUAAAAGGCCUAUUGGAUUUUUUGUUGCAUAAUACCAUGGACAAUAAAAUUGUAAAAAGAUCUAUUAAUGGUUCAGAAACAAAUCCAUCAAUAUUUAAUCUAACUGAACUAUUACCAACAACCACUACAAAGCAGCAACCAUUAACCCUUGACAACAUCCUAACUGGUUUAAUUGUGGAAAACAUUACAAUGGAACAAGCUUUUUUCAAUACCCCUUUACAAUACACUUGGCAGAAAUUAAGUCCAGAUUUGAAGAUUUUUGCCAUAAGAAUCCUUCAUCUAUGGCAAUACGGUGGAAUGAGUUUUAAAAUAAAUAUUGACGACAAUGAGAGUGACAACGUUGAAAAGUUUUCAGUAUCACCUCGAAUUUCCAUGCAAAAAAUCACUGAAGCUGAAUCCACUUCAAAUGAUAAACUGAAUAAUUUUAUACUGAAUGGUAAGAAAACUUUUGAUCAGCUGCCCAACGAAGUUGUAACUGCUGAUGAUAAAGCUUUACACAUUUACACAAAAGCUCCUUGUCACGUCUUUUUUGGAGAAAUUUUAAUGAAGCUAAAGCACGCUAAAAAGAACGCAACUGCCAAGAAAAUUAUUAAAAACUCUUUGAAGGUAUUUUGUAAACAUUCAGCUGUUGGCAAUAACUAUUGCAGGAGUGUGUUUAAACUUGCAGAAUAUUAAUUUGUGUUUUUUGUAUAUUUUAUUUUUUUAUUAAAGUUUUUUUUUUCAAAUUGUUUUUCAUUUUCAGUAGAUUAUAAAGGUCUGUUUCAACAUGUCCCAUGAACCGUUUCGAAACCACUGAGCAUGAGAAUUUCUGAUUUUAAAUAGGUUUUGCGCAGAAUCGUGACAAUACAUUGUACGGUUUCCUGCUGUGUUGGAACAAACCUAUAAUGAAAUGUUUUUUUCCCAUUCCAAUUGAUGAGGUUAUUGA